AGUUUAUUCCUAGUUUUGAUUUUGAUUCUCCUUUGAGAUAGCCCCCCUCACCUCCUUGUUUUUGCCUGGGUCGGAUCCCUCUAUGCCUGGAUGCCCCCUCCUUUCCCUCUCUCUAUUUGUGUGUGUGUGUGUGUAUUCCUUCUCUCUCUCUCAUCCACAUCCUCCACUCCUUCUUCUUCUUCACUUCUACUCUGAAAAAUGCAGUCCCACUUCAUGAUGGGGUCCUCCGACGAUUAUGUUCAAGCAUUAGAAUCUGAACGUCUUAAAAUCCUUGUCUUCUCCAAAGAGCUUCCUCUCUCCUUGGACCUCGUUACCCGAGCCAUUGAAGCGUUGAGGUCGAAGCAUAAUUUGAAGGGCCAAUCGGAGUGUUCGGGACAGACAUCAUCGGAAGGGCCUGUUCUGGAGGAGUUCAUACCCAUCAAGAGAAGGGAAGACGAUGAAGAUGAGCAACACUCUCAUCAUCAUCAUCCCGCGAUUAACAACUCCGAUGAGACGAAAUUGGAUUGGCUUAGAUCCGUACAACUCUGGAAUAUUCCUCAAUCCCCAGUUCAAGAGAAUGCUCCGAGGAAAACGUCGGUGUUGGAAGCAAACAGCAACGGAGGUGCUUUCCAGCCAUUUCACAGAGAAGCGAGUGUUCCAAAGGCUAAUUCAUUAACAGGCAAAGCAUCCUCUCCUCCUCCUCCUCCGCAGCCUCCAGUCGCCGGGAGCAACAAGAAAGAAGGACAGAGUCGAAGGAAGCAACGACGAUGCUGGUCUCAGGAGAUGCAUAAGUGCUUCGUGGACGCACUUCAACAACUCGGUGGAGCAGAUUUUGCAACGCCGAAGCAGAUUAGGGGACUCAUGAAGGUCGAUGGCCUCACAAACGACGAAGUGAAGAGUCAUUUACAGAAAUAUCGAUUGCAUACGAGGAGACCAAGUCACUUGAUACAGAACAACAAUGGCGACUCUCAAACGGCUCAAUUUGUGUUGGUGAGGAGCAUCAUAGUUCAACCGCCGGAACAUGAGCCGCCAUUUGUGAUUUAUGCGCCGGUGGAGUCACAAGCACCGGCGGCGGUUCCGGUGAAUGUUCAGAGGCCAGUAAUGGGUUGUGAACGUUCAAAUUCAGAAGAAAGAAGGAAUCACAGCGAAGUCGCGGAUCAUCCAAAUUCACCAGAUUCAUCUUCGUCGACUUUUCAUACAACCACAGAUUCGCCUCGCUGUUGAAUUUGAGGAUGCCAUUCCAAAAAAAAAAAAAAAAAGAAGAAUAAAAAAAGGAACAAAUAGUUUUGUAACUAAAUUGUAGUACAAAGUGUGGUCUGUCAUAUAUAUUCUCAUCUGAAAUUUUCCUUUUUCUUCUUAUUCCUUGUGGGUCGGGGUCAAAGUUAUUAUAGAGAUACAAAAUUCACAAUUGUAGCUUCGUAGGACAGCAUGAGAUGAAUUUUUCCCCUUGUAGGAAAGUUAUUUUAAACAACACUUAUUCUUGUAG